AAAUACGACUCACACCAACUUCUACCGUUAAACGAAACAGCAACAUACAAAAACCACAUGUUAGAAAGAGUAAACAAGCUCCGCAAUUUAAUAAUCGAAAUGUUUGUAACAUAUUGAUAAUUCAUGAACGACCGUUGCUUUGAUUUCAUCAAUCCGUUGAAAAAAUAUAAGUUGUGAUAAAGUAAAUAGUGUAUGUGAUACUAAAAUACUUUCAAAAUGAAGUCCGCUAAAUCUAAACAGAGAUUAAACGAUUUACGAACGCCAGCUAGGAGUAAACAAAACCUUAUUGGCGAAAGAGACCCGGUGCAAGUUUACUGUAGACUUCGGCCUAUGCAAAGGGACUCCGAUUCACCAUGUAUGAAGAUAAUUUCGCCAACGACUGUCCUCCUGACGCCCCCAUCGACUGCUAUAAGCUACAGAAACGAGAAUGCGAAGACUAUGAAGUAUACUUUCAAAGAAGUCUUCCCGCCAGAAACGAACCAACAAGAAGUCUUUGAUAAAGUCGCUUUACCGAUUGUCGAAGGCCUAAUCAAAGGUAAAAAUGGCUUAUUAUUUACUUACGGAGUCACUGGUAGCGGUAAAACCUUCACUAUGACCGGAGAACCACAAAACUGUGGUAUUUUACCAAGAUGUUUGAAUAUUAUAUUUAAAACUAUUAACGACUUUCAAGCACACAAAUAUAUUUUCAAACCUGAUAAAAUGAACAUGUUCGAUAUUCAAUCUGAGGCGGAGGCCAUGUUGGAACGGCAACAGGAACUGCAUAAGUUCAAAACUGGUAAAAAGAACAAUUCAAAUCCUGAUUUAGCUAUGUCAUCAUCGGAUGUGACAAAAAUCGAGGGUAUCAAUGAAGAUAACCAAUAUGCAGUCUUUGUAACUUACGUAGAGAUAUAUAACAACAGUGUGUUCGAUCUACUUGAAGAUGGGCCACCUAUAAGUAGGAAUUUGCCUGUCAAAAUCAUUCGAGAAGAUGCAGCUCAUAAUAUGUAUGUCCAUGGUGUUACUGAGGUAGAAAUUAAAUCUGCCGAGGAAGCUUUUGAGGCAUUCUAUCUCGGUUUGAAACGUAAACGCAUGGCACAUACUUCACUGAACGCAGAGUCCAGUAGAAGCCACUCAGUCUUCACAAUCAGGUUGGUGCAAGCUCCAGUUGAUGAAAUGGGUGAAGCCGUGAUUCAAAAUAAGAAGUUUCUCAACAUCAGUCAGUUGAGCUUAGUAGAUUUAGCCGGCAGUGAGCGCACAAACCGCACUAAGAAUACUGGACAACGUCUUCGAGAAGCCGGUAACAUAAACAAGUCAUUAAUGACAUUAAGAACUUGUUUGGAAGCAUUACGAGAGAAUCAGAUCAGCGGUACCAACAAUAUGGUACCGUACCGAGAGUCUAAAAUCACACAUUUGUUCAAGAAUUUCUUUGAAGGAGAAGGACAAGUCCGUAUGGUUGUUUGUGCUAACCCAAGAGCAGAAGAUUACGAUGAGACGCUCCAAGUAAUGAGGUUUGCGGAGAUGGCGGCUGAAGUAGAAGUUGCUAAGCCUCAAGUUAUAGAUGUAGCCGCUAACAUUGGUCUAACCACGGGCCGUCGUAAGGCUAACAGAUUAUUUACAACAGCUAGAGACAAUUUGUCUAGACCGGAAGCUAAAGAUCUGGAAAUGGACCUGGGUCUUGUAUACAGUCUUGGGCCUGACUUCCCGAGCAUAGAAUUGAAUAGUUCCCAAGCUGCUCAUAUUAUUAAGGAACUUAUGGCCCAUUUGGAGAUGAGAAUUAGCAGACGUGAGAUGCUAAAACGCAGCAAACAAAUCAAAGAUGAAAGACUGAGAUCAGCUCUCUUGGACUUGGAAAAGGACUCCCUAGAAGUAAGGAGUGAGAAUGCUUCUUUACGAGGACAGUUGGCAGCAGCAGAACGCAGGGUUCGGGCUCUAGAAGAACGUCUGACAGCUACAGAGAAUGCAUCGCUCACUCACCAGAGAAAGCUCUCAGAAAUGACAGAAUACACAUCUAAUUUGAAAAGAGAACUACAAGAGAAAGAAAUGCUGCUCAGUCAAAACAAAUUCGACAAAGAAAAACAGAAAAAGAUCUUAGAAAGGAAAUAUAAUCACAAGAUUGCAGCCGAACAUGAGAAAGCUAAAGAAAUAAACUCUGAAAAAGAGAGAUUGAAAAACGCAAUCGAAGAGAAAGAGAAUAGACUUCGAAUUAUAGCUGAGGCUCUUAACCGAGGCGACCAUGAUGGAUUUAAUAAGAUAACUACAGAAAUUGGUGCGCAGACGAGUAACAGAGAAGGGAAUUUCACUCCUGGGUCUACGCCGAGGGCUUUGCCAGCUCAUCUUUUGACUCCGUUUAGCUCUGCACCUCAUACUACGCAGACACAGCGAGAUACGCCAGCUUCUUCCCGUCGUGGGAUAGCCAUUGCCAACCCAAGACACCGUCGUUCACUCUCCGCUGAUGGCCGUGGCUGGGUAGAGCAUGCCCCCAACAAAAUUGUCCCCAUGGGCACAGUAAUGAAACCCAACAUAGCGAACAGUAAAGUAGUUAACAAACUGACUAGCGUCAAAGAUGUAGUCAACUCAAGAACUUCCAAAUACUGUUUGAUUUCUCAAGAACAGGACACUGAUGGAGAAUUAGAAACAAAAUUGUAUAAAGGAGAUGUGGUGCCCACUUGUGGUGGAGGUGCUCAAGUAAUAUUCAAUGACGUUGAGAUGUUAAAACAGUUUUCUCCUACGAGGGAGUCUUCACAUUCUCACAGCCACCGCCUGUCUGCGACCACUUGUGCAAGGCACUCGGGCAAGCGUAGGGACACCGCUUGCUCCCCACCGCAGACCCCAUCGAAUACGAGCAAAAAGCAGAGAGUCGACGAUGAUUGAAGGAGUUAAUGGGUAAGAAGUUUCCGCCAUAGUCCUUAGUCUAACAUAUAUCUGAAAUUCCUGAUCUAAAUUCUCCAUGGUUGCAAAGAGUUUCUUGCAAAAAAGUUUUGUUACUUAUACUUGAUCAGGAAAUUCAGAUGUGUGGUUGUUUUUUUUUUUAUAAAUAUUAUUGUGAUUAUGUGUGAGUAGAAAGUUUGUUAUUUCUAAGUUUUUGUUAAGUUAUUAACACAUUAAUUAGAUGUCCAAUAAAUGGUUUAAGACCAUAAGUUGCUAAGAAAUGGUUUGGUUUAUAUGUAAAUUGAUAGCAGCUAAAAAAAUAUUA